UGGCGCAAGUGUUCCGCAGUGGCUGCGCUGCGGGGAGUUGUGGGGAGAGCGUGGGCAAGUCUGACAGCCCCACCAUGAAUUCAGUGACCUAUGAUGAUGUGCAUGUAAACUUCACUCAGGAUGAGUGGGCUUUGCUGGAUCCUUCCCAGAAGAGUCUCUACAAAAAUGUGAUGCUGGAGACCUACAGCAAUCUCACUGCUAUAGGCUACAAAUGGGAUGAACAUAAUAUUAAAGAAGAUUUUCAAAGAUCUAGAAGACUUCGAAGGCAUGAAAGAAGUCAUACUGGAGAGAAACCCUAUGAAUGUAGUCAAUGUGGGAAAGCCUUUUCACGACAGAGUAAUCUCCAAGUACAUAAAAGAACACACACUGGAGAAAAACCCUAUGAAUGUAAUCAAUGUGGGAAAGCCUUUGCCUGCCACAGUUAUCUUCAAAAGCAUGAAAGAAUUCAUACUGGAGAGAAACCCCAUGAAUGUAAGCAAUGUAGUAAAGCUUUUGCAGAUUACAGUAAUCUUAAAAUACAUGAAAGAACACAUACUGGAGUGAAACCCUAUGAAUGUAAUCAAUGUGGUAAAACGUUUUCACAACAGAGUCAUCUCCAAAUACAUAAAGGUUCACAUACUGGAGAGAAACCCUAUAAAUGUAAUCAAUGUGGGAAAGCCUUUGCAUAUCAUCGUUCUCUUCAGAGGCAUGAAAGAGUUCAUACUGGAGAGAAACCCUAUGAAUGUAAGCAAUGUGGUAAAGCUAUUGCAUAUUACAGUAAUCUUAAAAUACAUGAAAGAACACAUACUGGAGUAAAACCCUAUGAAUGUAAUCAAUGUGGUAAAACCUUUUCACAACAGAAGCAUCUCCAAAUACAUAAAAGUUCACAUACUGGAGAGAAACCCUACAAAUGUAACCAGUGUGGGAAAUCCUUUGCAUGCCAUAGUUAUCUUCAAAAGCAUGAAAGAGUUCAUACUGGGGAGAAACCCUAUGAAUGUAAUCAAUGUGGUAAAGCUUUUGCAUAUUACAGUAAUCUUAAAAUACAUGAAAGAACACAUACUGGAGUAAAACCCUAUGAAUGUAAUCAAUGUGGUAAAACGUUUUCACAACUGAAUAAUCUCCAAAUACAUAAAAGUUCACAUACUGGAGAGAAACCCUAUAAAUGUAAUCAAUGUGGGAAAAGCUUUGCAUGUUAUCGUUCUCUACAAAAGCAUGAAAGAGUUCAUACUGGAGAGAAACCUUAUGAAUGUAAGCAAUGUGGUAAAGCUUUUGCAGAUUACAGUAAUCUUAAAAUACAUGAAAGAACUCAUACAGGUGUGAAACCCUAUGAAUGUAAUCAAUGUGGUAAAACCUUUUCACAACAGAAGUAUCUUCAAAUACAUAAAAGUUUACAUACUGGAGAGAAACCCUAUAAAUGUAAUCAAUGUGGUAAAGCUUUUGCACAUCAUAGUGUUCUUCGAAAUCAUGAAAAAAAUCAUAUUGAAGAGAAACCAUAUGAAUGUAAUCAGUGUGGUAAAACCUUUUCUAAACAAUAUAAUCUCCGAAUACAUAGAAGAACACAUACUGGAGAGAAACCCUAUAAAUGUUAUCAAUGUGGGAAAGCCUUUGCAUGUUGUAGUGGUCUUCAAAGGCAUAGAAGAAUUCAUGUGGAAGAGAAACCCUAUGAUUGUAAUCAAUAUGGUAAAACAUUUUCACAACAGAAACAUCUUCAAAUGCAUAAAAGCUCACAUACUAAAGAGAUCCUAUAAAUGUAAACAAUGUGAGAAAGCCUUUGUAUGUCACAAUUAUCUUCAAAGGCAUGAAAAAAAAUCAUUGGAGAGUAAAUGUAUGAAUGUAAUAAGUUUCAUAAAGUCUUUGUACUUCACUGUAAUCCUUGAUACCAUCAAUGAGUUCAUCCAAGAGUAAAACCUGUAUUGUGUAAUCAAUUUGUUAAAGUCUUUGUAUAUUAUA